AUGCUGACUAUCAAUUUGCUUCUCACUAGCCUGGUCCUGGGCUCGGCCACUCCCACCGCUCUGAGCCAUUCCCUCGUCCCAAGAUCAUCGGUAUCUAGCACCGGUCUCUGCGGAGCCUACAACGGCACCGCCACCUGUGCAGGAAGUUCCUUCGGCAACUGCUGCUCCCAGUUCGGCUGGUGUGGCAGCGGCACCGACUACUGCGGUAGUGGAUGUCAAUCCAACUACGGCACCUGCGGAGUCUCGACUACUCUGUCCUGGAAAAGCCUUGGCUGUUACUCUGACAGUACCUCUGCCCGCGCGCUCAACACCUCGGAGCUCGUCUCCGGCGGCACAGUCGAGGCAUGCCAGUCCAAAUGUGAAGAUCUAGGCUUCACUUACGCGGGAAUGGAAUAUGGAACGCAGUGCUUCUGUGGCACUGCUAUCAUAAAUAAUGCUGCGCCGAUUGACUCAUCUAACUGCAACAUCGCAUGCCCCCAGAACUCCGCUGAGAUCUGCGGUGGGUCAAACGCAAUCAGCAUGUAUGCUGUCGUGCCUACUUGGCAGAGCAUUGGCUGCUACUCCGACACCACACUGAAGCGUACUCUAGCUCAGUCCUUCAAUGUUGCUGGUAACACGGUCGAGAAGUGCCAGGCUGUCUGCCAGGACAACGGAUAUAUCUAUGCUGGUAUGGAAUAUGGAACUCAGUGCUUCUGUGGCAACACCAUUGACAACGGCGCUACUCUUACUUCUGCCUGUGGUACCGCUUGUCCAGGAAACUCCGUGGAGAUUUGUGGUGGCGCGAAUGCUCUGAGCAUGUACUACCUCUUCGAGUAG